UUAACCUCUAAGGCACGAGAGGUUGAGUUGUCAUUCCCGGCUGAUCGCUGAUUUUGCCGAAAGUAGUUUUCAAUUUUGCUAUUUUUACGGUUUUAAACAGUAAAACACAAUUUUCAUUUGUUGCAUUACGGUUUAGUGUUUUUGGAACUACUGAAAGGUAGACAAGCCAAGGUAAUAUCGAGUUUGCUAGUCGCGCCGGAAGUCUGGUGCAAUUUCGAAAAGCGCGCCUUUUCUUCGUUGUACGGAAGUCGCGGUAAAGAGCGCCCCCCACCACUACGAUUUGAACGUCAGCGCGGCAUCUUCAGAACUAUGGUUUGGCCUACCACCCAUGAUGAUAUUACCAAUGUCGACCCAGAGAUGAGCGCCAAUGUACUCCCGUUUCAGCUACAGGCCGCCGAGGCCAACACUUACUUGGAACAUUUGUGCGCCCUCGAUAUCCAUUCGAGGGCCUCAUUUGUCAGACUUAGUGGGGUCAUCUGCACCAUUGGACCUGCCUCAAAAGACCCAGCCGUCCUAGAAAAAAUGAUGGAAGUGGGCAUGAACGUGGCCCGUUUGAACUUCUCUCACGGCUCUCACGAGUACCACGCUGAGACUAUCAAGAAUAUCAGACAAGCGGUUGCGAACUACAGCAAGAAAAUCGGCAUGACUUAUCCGUUAGCGAUCGCCUUAGACACCAAAGGGCCUGAGAUCAGAACUGGACUCUUAGAAGGAGGUGGAUCUGCGGAAAUCGAGCUGAAAAAAGGCGACACUAUCAAGCUGACCACUGAUAAAGCUUACGCCGAAAAAGGAAACAAAGACACCGUAUUCGUCGAUUACGAAAACAUUCAAAAAGUGGUCAAAGUAGGCAACAAAAUUUACGUAGAUGACGGUUUGAUGUCCUUGGUGGUCACCCAAAUCCAAGGCUCCUUUUUAACUUGUACCAUCGAGAACGGCGGUAUGCUCGGUAGCCGCAAAGGUGUCAAUCUACCAGGUGUCCCGGUAGAUUUGCCAGCUGUAUCCGAAAAGGACAAGUCUGAUUUACAAUUCGGCGUAGAGCAAGGCGUAGACAUAAUUUUCGCCUCGUUUAUCCGAAACGGUGCCGCUCUCACCGAAAUCCGUAGCAUCUUGGGCGAGAAGGGAAAGAAAAUUAUGAUUAUUUCGAAGAUCGAGAACCAGCAGGGCAUGCAAAACCUGGACGAGAUCAUCGAGGCUUCGGACGGUAUUAUGGUGGCUCGCGGCGAUUUGGGUAUCGAGAUUCCGACGGAGAAGGUGUUCCUCGCUCAGAAGCAAAUGAUCGCCAAAUGUAACAAGUAUGGCAAGCCUGUCAUUUGUGCUACCCAAAUGUUGGAAUCUAUGGUUAAAAAACCAAGACCAACCCGCGCCGAGUCCUCUGACGUAGCCAAUGCCAUCCUGGACGGAGCCGAUUGCGUCAUGUUGUCCGGCGAGACCGCUAAGGGCGACUAUCCCCUCGAAUGUGUCCAAACCAUGGCCAGUAUUUGUAAGGAAGCGGAGGCGGCGAUCUGGCAAAGGCGACUUUUUUCCGACCUCUCGAUCGUAGCCACCCCACCGGUCGAUGUGGCCCAUACGGUGGCCAUCGCGGCCGUAGAAGCGUCGACAAAGUCUUUGGCCGCCGCCAUUAUUGUCAUCACCACUUCCGGACGGUCUGCCUAUUUGCUUUCCAAGUACAAGCCACGUUGCCCGAUUAUCGCAGUGACUAGGAAUAGCCAGACUGCCAGACAGGCGCAUCUUUUUAGGGCCGUUAUGCCCGUGCUUUAUGAACAAGAGAGACAAACCGAUUGGCUCCAAGACGUAGACGCCCGAGUAAACUGCGGAAUCACCUUCGGCAAGUCCAGAGGGUUCGUAAAGUCGAACGAUCCAGUGAUCGUGAUCACCGGCUGGAAGCAGGGAUCCGGAUUCACAAACACCAUGCGCGUCGUUAACGUCGAGUAAAAAGUAUGUUUUAUUACGGAGGAGCGUCUCUUCCAUACUUUCUUAGUCAUUACAUCCGUGUUAUUGCGAAUUUCACUUUCACACUAAGUGUAAAUAAGUUGUAAUUUUAAUAUAAGCUGUCUAGAACUAAAGCCGAUUACAGAGAGGUUGAAAAUCCAUUGUAUUUAUUUUUAAAUUAUGUGUUUUUUUCGUGAUUUAUAAAUUAUUAAAUUAAACAUGGCUAUGUACAAUAAAAAUUUAAAACAUUA